AAUGAGAAGACUUGCUCGAACUUGCUUCAUUGCGCAAAUCAGAAUAAAAAACAAACUUAAAUAUCGGAAGCGAAUAAACAAACACGAUAAACCAUGUAAACGCUGCCUACAUGGUUAAAUCAAGAAGAGCUCUUCUAUCCCGUCAGACGGGGAGGCGUGGCCAAACAACCUAGAGUUAUCAGGGAGAGAUCCGCGUGCGGUGGCUGGAGGGAGUCAUUCAGUCAGGUAGGAGGUAGGGCAGCAACCGUUGAUAGUAUUUGUGUCCGUAGUGUUUGAUCAGCUCCACCAGCCUAAUGUGGACCAAGUGCGAACCAAUCGGCGCAUCUUUUUGCGGGUUCACCAUCAAAAGCACAUCCAUUACGCAUGAUCACAAAUCGGUGGAUGAAUGAUACCUGUCAGUUUCCGUGGGAAGAAAACGUUUUAAAAUGGACAGCCUAGGCAGCCGCUGUAAAAUUGUUGUGGUUGGAGAUACACAAUGUGGUAAAACCGCGCUGUUGCACGUUUUCGCUAAGGACUGCUAUCCAGAGAACUAUGUAGCUACAGUGUUUGAAAACUACACCGCCAGCUUCGAGAUCGACAAGCAGCGGAUCGAGCUGAACAUGUGGGAUACGUCAGGUUCCUCGUACUACGACAAUGUGCGGCCACUGGCAUAUCCCGACUCGGACGCGGUCCUCAUCUGCUUUGAUAUCAGCCGCCCCGAGACUUUGGACAGCGUCGUGAAGAAGUGGCAUGCGGAAACGCAGGAGUUCUGCCCCAAUGCCAAGGUGGUGCUGGUGGGCUGCAAGCUGGACAUGAGGACGGACAUGAGCACCCUGAGAGAGCUGUCCAAGCAGAGGCUCAUCCCAGUCCCACACGAGCAGGGCAGCACGAUAGCCCGGCAGAUGGGCGCGGUGGCGUACGUGGAGUGCACCUCCAAGGUGUCAGAGAACAGCGUGCGUGACGUCUUCCACAUCACUACGCUGGCGUCGGUGCGCCGGCCACAAGGCAGCAAGCCACAGCUAAAGCGCAGCAGCUCCAGGAGGGGCCUGAAGAGGGCGUCCCACCUCCCCCUCACCCCCCUCCCCGGGCGGGAUGAGGACCUGGAGCCCGUCCCGGCCAUGAGGAAGGACCGGGCCAAGAGCUGUGUGCUCAUGUAGAGAACCCCCCCACCCACCCGCGGUGCAGGACCUAUAACGCUAUAUACUCAUAA